AUGCUCCUGCGCCCCUCGAAUCUACUCCGUACACUCGCAGCCCGACCGUCUUUCCGUCCUCCUCUCGCAACUCUCGCUGUUCGCCCUUACUCCCAGCCGCCGCGAAAACCUACGAACAAGAUGUCCGACGUCACGAGUCCCGAUGUGCCCCAGAACAAGCAGCAGGCUGCUGCCGCCGACGUACCGAACCUCCAGAAGGACCCCGAGACGGGCGACAUGGUGUCCAAGAGCGAGCUCAAGAAGCGCAUGAAGGCCCGCGAGCUGGCCAAGAAGAAGGCUGAGAAGGCCGCCAAGGCACCCGCCCAGCCGGUCCCCAAGACGAACGCCGCCGACGACGAGGAGGAGCUCUCGCCCAACCAAUACUACGAGAUCCGCUCCCGCGCGAUCCAGAAGCUCCGCGCCAUCCCCGCCUCCGAGCGCACCCUCACCACGCCCAACCCGUACCCUCACAAGUUCCAUGUGACGAUCUCGAUCCCGUCUUUCAUCAACAAGUACGGCAAGGAGUGCAAGGAGCCCGGCUCGAAGAGCGAGGACGUCGUUUCGGUCGCUGGACGCAUCCACAGCAUGCGUGCGCAGGGCGCCAAGUUGAGGUUCUACGACCUCUGGAGCGAGGGAACCAAGAUCCAGGUCAUGGCGACCGCCAAUGACUCGGAGUCGCCCGAAGAGUUCGAGGCGCUCCACAACCUCUUCCGCCGCGGCGACAUCCUCGGCGUGACCGGCCAUCCGAUGCGCACGAAGCGUUCCGAGCUCUCGAUCAGCCCCAAGUCCUGCGUCCUCCUCUCGCCAAACCUGCACCAGCUCCCGAAGGAGCACUUUGGCUUCAAGGACCAGGAGCAGAGGCACCGCAAGCGCUACCUCGACCUGAUCAUGAACCAGGACCGCCGCGAGGUAUUUAUCAAGCGCGCGAGGAUCAUCAACUAUGUCCGCAAGUUCCUCGAUAAUUUGGGCUUCCUCGAGGUCGAAACGCCGAUGAUGAACCAGAUUGCGGGCGGCGCGACGGCCAAGCCCUUCAUCACACACCAUAACGCUUUGAACCUCGACCUGUUCAUGCGUGUCGCUCCCGAGCUCUAUUUGAAAGAACUUGUGGUUGGAGGACUCGAUCGAGUCUAUGAGAUCGGUCGUGUCUUCCGCAACGAAGGCAUUGACUUGACUCACAACCCCGAGUUCUCGAUCUGUGAGUUCUACAUGGCCUACGCCGACAUGUACGACUUGAUGGACCUCACCGAGUCGAUGAUCUCGGGCCUCGUCAAGCACAUCACCGGCGGCUACAAGAUCAAGUACCACCCCGAGGGCAAGGAGGGUCCCGAGAUGGAGCUCGACUUUUCGACGCCGUGGAAGCGCUUCAACAUGAUCGAGGAGCUCGAGAAGCAGCUCGGCGUCACCUUCCCGCCCGGCGACCAGCUCGACUCGCCCGAGACCAACAAGUUCCUCCGCGAUCUCUGCACCAAGCACAACGUCGACUGCAGCGAGCCUCGCACGAACGCUCGUCUCCUCGACAAGCUCGUCGGCGAGUUCAUCGAGAACCAGUGCAUCUCUCCGUCCUUCAUCGUCGGCCACCCGCAAGUCAUGUCGCCCCUCGCCAAGCACCACCGCUCGAUCAAGGGACUCUGCGAGCGCUUCGAGGUGUUUGUCGCGACGCGCGAGAUUUGCAACGCCUACACGGAGCUCAAUGACCCGUUCAUCCAGCGGGCCAACUUCGAGGCGCAGAUGCAGCAGAAGGCACAGGGCGACGAGGAGGCGCAGGGGUACGAUGAAGUGUUCGUUGAUGCCCUCGAACAUGGUCUGCCGCCGACCGGAGGCUGGGGACUGGGCAUCGACAGGCUUUGCAUGUUCCUCGCGGAUGAAAACUCCAUCCGAGAGGUGCUGCUGUUCCCCGCCACGAAGCCGCUGCCGAACGCCGCGAGCGCCGGCAACCUCGUCGAACCGGAAGCGACCACCACUGUUGGCGACGUCAAGGCGUAG